AUGGCAAAGGUGCUUGACAGUCUGCUGGACGAUCGUCUCGAAAGUUACUUGCACUUGCACGACGCACAGUUCAGGUUUCGCCCCAAAUUUUCAACUGAGAGUGCGGUUCUGGCUCUAAAACAUACGGUUCGGUACUACAUUGAAAGACGAACGCCAGUGUACGCUUGUUUUCUCGACCUCUCCCGUGCUUUCGACCUGGUGUCGUAUGAUGUGUUGUGGGACAAGCUUCGAGAUAGAGAUGUGCCAGCGGAGUUGUUGCGUAUAUUUCAAUACUGGUAUCAUAAUCAAGUGAACUACGUGAGGUGGGCUAAUAAGCUCUCAGACUCGUUCCAAUUAGACUGUGAAGUGAGGCAGGGGGGUCUGACCUCGCCAAAGCUUUUUAACUUAUACGUUAACGACUUGACCGUUGAGCUCAGCAGCAUGAGGGUCGUCUGUCGCGUGGAUGACGUCAGCGUCAAUAAAUCAGUUACGCUGACGACACGGUGCUGCUGA